AAUUCAGUAAAGACACCAACACCUUCUUCUUCUUCACUUAAACCUCCGUAAAACCCACUGUCUGUCUCAAAGGAGAAAGGAGGGGGAAAGAGCAAAAAUGGCCAUUUCUCAUCUUCUUCAGCUCAAAUCAGCCUCUCAUAUCAACAGAAUAGGAAUUCUAAGAUCUAGAAUACUGUACUCUUCAUUGCCCUCUGAUGGCAACAGCGACAAGAAGCCACAACCGAAGAAGUCAGAACUGGCGAAGCAGCAAAAAGCCCAAGCCGUGGAGUCAUUUGUCAAGAAGUAUAUGGAGGAAAACGAAGGUACGUUUCCAAAAUCAAUGCACGUCCAGAAUGAACUGGGUGGUUCGUGGCAUAAUUUGAAGGGAGUGCUUCAGAUCAUCAAGGAUAAAAUGAUGGGAAAAUUCGAUGAAAGGAAUAGCUCUGGUGCGCUUACCUCUACUUCUGAUCCUGAAGUUUCCAGUGAUAUUCCGUCUCAUAAAGUUGAUAAUAGUGGUGAUGAACGUGAACCUCGAGUUCGUGAGCAAGUAGUUCAAGAAGGUACUACAACCGUUUCUAAUAAUGAUGAACAUGCUAACCCGAGAAUGCCUAGUGUGGAUGAGCAAUCUUCCUCACAGAUAUUUUCAAGAUUAGUGAAAAAUCUUCUGAAUUCUGAAAUAGCAAGGAAGGAAAGUAAUCAGAUAACAGAAAGUGAGGAAACAUUAUCAGACAUUGUUUCGAUGCCAAGUGAAGGUAACCCUUUCAGCCUAAGUACAUAUACAGAGACCGAAAGGGAUAAACAGCCUUUGCUGUCUGAUAAUGCUCAUGAGACGAUAGAGUUAAAACAUCACCUUGUUGACAGCAUAAAGGAUCAAACAGCAGAAAUGAUUGCCAAUUCAAUUAGUGAUGCAUAUAUACCUAGUUUUCAUCAGCAAUCAAGUGAACCUUCCAGGGAUACUGAUGUUCUAAGUUCUGAUAUAGAGGGCUUAAUCGAAUGUGUUAAGUUACUUCCUCAGUCGCCUGUUGAUAGACCUCAGGAAUCUAUAAAUUUUAACAAGAGCGAUCAUAGUAGUAGUAGAACGACAAAAUUUGAGAAGAAAGAAAUAUCCGUAUCUUCAAUGCUUGAUCAAGGAGGUCCGUCACUGGUCAAUAUACUAAAAUCUGAGAAGAAAGCAGGAAGAAGCACAGAUUCUCUCAAUUACCCCUCCAUGGUUGAAAAGAAUGGCAUAGAAGGUCCAUUCACGAAACUUCUUGGAAAUCUGAAUAUCUUGGAUCAGGAAACAAGUUGUUCUGCUGCCCUUCACUGUAACACAUCAAAUGCACAAACACAUGUUCUACCUCUGAGAGACAAUUGUAAUCCGAAUAAGACACUGAAUGCAACUUCUCUUCUGAAGGAGUCUGAUCAAAACAAAGUGAUAGUGAGGUUUUUGCCAAGAAUGGUUGUAUGUGAAGACAUCAUUGGUGCCUUCAAGGAUUAUGGGGAUAUUUCAAAGGUUGAAAUUCCGGGUACUGAAGAUGCUUUCUUUAAGGCUGCCUAUGUUUAUUUCAGGUCGGAUGAAGGAAAGAAGAAAGCACUUGAAGGAACUGAUGUGAAAGUGGGAAGUCGAACAGUAACUGUGGAGGCAGCUUCUUCCUUGAAGGAUGUGACGAGGAAAUCCAUUCCUAAUUUAAUCGGCCUCCCAGAUGUUCCCACUGCCCUAGUAAAGAAUCCCAAGCGAACAGUUCUGAUUAAGAAUUUGGCUCGUGAUACAAGGCCUCAUCAUAUUGAAGACGCUCUUUAUUUCUGCAAAAGCAAGAUAUCUCGAUUUUUCUUGGGUUCAUCAAGAUCUGUUGCUUAUGUGGAAUUCGAGACAGAAGAGGGUAAAGAAAAUGCUCUUACAAGACACUCGAUCAAUGUACUGCAAAGGAGAUUACAAAUCUUUAGAGUGGAUGUCCCGAGAACUACAGUUGUAAGAAUUUCAAACGUGGUCUCCAUACCAAUUAGAAAAGUGAUCGCCCUUUGCAAAUCCUUUGGAAAACUCAGGGGCGUUUCGCAUAGAAGUGAAAACAUAAAGGAUGUGCACUUCAAUCUUGCUGAAUGGCCCAACAUGGCAACGAUUUUAAACAGACUGAACGGGUCUCAAAUAGAUGGUCAACGGUUAGUAGCACAACCGGCACCUGUGUAUCCCCCAGAUGUUCUUCUCGCUCUAUGGAGUCAGCCAGAAGGGAGACGACAUUUAAGAAGCUCAGUUCACAAUCUGCUUAUAAAGCUCAGGGAAAACGAUCCAAGUGAAGCUGAAACUGCAGAACUCGUAAACAGUCUUUUUGAAGACACAGUAGAAAUUUAAUCUAAACUGUAAUAAUACCUUUUAUCUCAUCAAACAUCUGGUUUAUUUAGUUAUACUGUCAUCUCGAUCGUCUCGUCCUAACCUUUCUCCUUUAACAGAUAACUCUCUGGCAGGGCUGCUCUAACCACAUGUCUGCAUGAUAUUUUUGGACAAUGUAAGAUAGAAUCAAAGGUGAUUCAUUCUUUUUUU